AUGUGCUAGUUACAGUUCUAAGAGUUUAACCUGAAUUGAUUCAUAUAACCUCAACACUCUGUUUACAGAUGAAGAAGUUGAAGCACAGAAAGAUUAAUUUUCCCAAAGUGAUACGGCAAUUAAGUGGCACUGGUAGAGUUAAAAUCCCGACAGUCUGGUUUGAAAGUCUGCACUCUUCUCUGGCGAAUCAUAUUAUAUUGCCUCUCUGUACAGGUGGAAGGAAAGAGAUGGAGCUACUCCUACCUAGAUUCCUAUGCUGACCUUCCUGGAGUAGAACUUUGGUUUCUAGGUGAAAGUCUGCUCUAGGAGUUGUAGAACAAGUUGAAAUCAUCGCAGAAGGAUAAAGUUCGUCAGUUUAUGAUCUUCACACAAUCUAGUGAAAAAACAGCAGUAAGUUGUCUAUCUCAAAAUGACUGGAAGUUAGAUGUUGCAACAGAUAAUUUUUUCCAAAAUCCUGAACUUUAUAUACGAGAGAGUGUAAAAGGAUCAUUGGACAGGAAGAAGUUAGAACAACUGUACAAUAGAUACAAAGACCCUCAGGAUGAGAAUAAAAUUGGAAUAGAUGGCAUACAGCAGUUCUGUGAUGACCUGGCACUCGAUCCAGCCAGCAUUAGUGUGUUGAUUAUUGCAUGGAAGUUCAGAGCAGCAACACAGUGCGAGUUCUCCAAACAGGAGUUCAUGGAUGGCAUGACAGAAUUAGGAUGUGACAGCAUAGAAAAACUAAAGGCCCAGAUACCCAAGAUGGAACAAGAAUUGAAAGAACCAGGACGAUUUAAGGAUUUUUACCAGUUUACUUUUAAUUUUGCAAAGAAUCCAGGACAAAAAGGAUUAGAUCUAGAAAUGGCCAUUGCCUACUGGAACUUAGUGCUUAAUGGAAGAUUUAAAUUCUUAGACUUAUGGAAUAAAUUUUUGUUGGAACAUCAUAAACGAUCAAUACCAAAAGACACUUGGAAUCUUCUUUUAGACUUCAGUACAAUGAUUGCAGAUGACAUGUCUAAUUAUGAUGAAGAAGGAGCAUGGCCUGUUCUUAUUGAUGACUUUGUGGAAUUUGCACGCCCUCAAAUUGCUGGGACAAAAAGUACAACAGUGUAGCACUAAAGGAACCUUCUAGAAUGUACAUAGUCUGUACAAUAAAUACAACAGAAAAUUGCACAGUCAAUUUCUGCUGGCUGGACUGAACUGAAGAUCAAUCCUCACAAUUCAGACUGAGGGUUGAGACAAAACUUUAAGGAUACAUCUUGGACCAUACCGUAUUUCAUUCUUCUAAUGGUGGUUUGGGCUUGUCUUCUAGUCUGGGCCGCUCUAAACAUUUAUAAUUCCAACAUUGUGGAUUUCAUCUUAUAUCUGUGGACCAUCCUAGUUUAUUCUCCCAUAAGUCUUAGAAGCUUUAUGGUGAUUAUUUUGAGGUUUUCAUUCUCGCAUAAAGCACAAUGCUGUCUUCAUCAGAAAACAGUUGGCAUAAGAAUUAAACAUAUGAACAUCACAAAACAAUUUAUAAAAACUUCUUAAAUAUACGCUUUGGGCUAGUUGCAAAGACUAUGCUAAUAGCACUUCCAAUGAGAGUGAUAUAUUUAAGUGUACUGGAUCUGGAAUGGUGUUUUGGUUUGGGGGGAAUUUUUUUUUUCCUGGCAAAUCACAUGUGUUGUUGAUGUGAGUAUCUGAUGAAAAAACAAUGUCAGAAUAACCAACAUGAAAAUUUUUUAGGAUAACUUGGUGCCUACCUGAAAAAUGUAUUGUGUUUUAGACUCUUGAUUUCAAAAGGUUCCACAGAACUUGUCUGCGCUUACCUUACCCAUGUUUAUAUAUAGCUGUCCUACAGGGAGCUUUUAUUUAGAAAAUGUCUGCAUAAUGUUAGAUUCUUCUCCUGUCUACAUUAUGCACUACAUAAUUGGACUUCAUUAUGCUUUUGAAAUGCUUAUCUGCCUGUCACAUAAGUUAAACUAUUUAAUUUGUUUUGAAUGUUUUGGAUUGCUACACAAUACAAUAUUCUAAAUUUAGGCAUGAGGGUUUUUUUGUUUUGUUUUUACUUUUUUUUUGUCAUCGCACUAUGGAACACAAAUGAAAUUCUCUUAAUUUAUAAGAAUAUAGUUGCAGUUAAAUUUUGAAAAUGGUUGUAAUGAGCCAUGAAGUUCAAUCUUUAUAAUAUAGGUACUGCUCUUUCAGACAAAUAGUCCAUUUUCGAUGACUUAUUAUUUUGUUGAAAUUGCUUUAACUGCUAAUCACUGUGGUUGCCAAAUACUUACUUCAGGAGCGAAGAUUUUCAAACAAGCAUUCACGAUGCAAAAUACCAAUCUGGCUUCUAGUCUCUCUACUGUUUUUGUUUCACUCAGAUUAGCUCAGUUUUCUCAUCAAAGCAGAAUGCUAUCUUGUAUGUAUUUUUUUCAUUACAAGACCCAUGAGCUGCUUUUAUGCUGAAAAUGGUCAUUUCCCUGUUCCCUUACUGACAUGUGAAGAAGGGUUUCUUGCUUUGUUAAACAUUUCCGUAAGGUAGGCUAGAAAUGUAAACUUCAAAUGUCAGAUGAUUAUGGUCUUUUGAUAGGAAUACAUUCUGCUUGGGAUAUACAUCCAGGCACUCUCUAAGGUUCUAGGGUUGAUAUUAACCAAGGAAUGUACUUCAGAAUAGCAGUACAUUUUAUGCAAAUAUGGAAAUUAUUUUAAGAAACAAUGACAUAUCAAAACUGCUUUUUAUUUACAUGAUUUGGAAAUAGACUAGAAAGCUUUCCCUAUAAACAUAUUAAUAUUCUAAUCAUAACUUUAAUUCAAGAGUGCAGUUUUACCAAAAGAAAAAUUUGAAAUCUCUAUUCAGGCUACUGUAAUUGGUUAUUAAAGGAAAAAGGAAAAAGAAGAAUCCUGCUGCUUUCAGUAUUUCCUGAUUUCAUUUUUUGUAAAUAUAAAGAACUUCAAUUAUGAAAAAUUUUUAAAAGAUAUAUAUAUAUCUAUAUAUAUCUAUAUAUAUGUACCGUUUUGUUUCCUGUCUUGAAGAUUUUGAGUUAUGGUUAUUGGUUUCACAUUGAUUAAUUCACAUAUGCUGUGUUUUGAAUGAGAUCCCAUUAGCUUUUUUUUUUUUCCCCAAUAUAAAGUGUUUUCUUUAAAAGUCUGAUAUUGGUUUGUGGCCUAGUGCCUUGGAUUUUACAUAUUUUUCUUUUUAAAUGCAAAACCUUUUCAACAAAAUAGUGUUUGUCAUCAGGUUGGUACUAAACAUUUAUAAUUACUGUGUAAUUAUAAACAAAAAUACAUAAAGCUUUGAAUAUAAUUAUGUAGCAUAAAAGUUAAGGUUGUUCACUAUGAUGGCAUCUUAGAAUUAAAACUUUUACUAGGGCUGAAAAGAGAAGACUGAUUUAAUGUGUUGUGAUUAUUCUGAAGAUAAAUGUCUGGUUACAGGGAAUAUUUUGUACUAAAAAAUGAUGACACAUAUGGCUGUGUGUGUUUGAGUCUGUGUCUGCGAGAGAACCAGAGAGAGAGAGAGAGAGAGAGAUUGACAGAGGAAGGGAGAGAGACACACACACCCCUUGAAUUGCUUUAACUCCUAAGCGUUUCAGUCCUCAUUUCGGUAAACUCCCCAUGCUGAUUCUUUGUUUUAAACUGAACCGUAGGUACAGUUUCCUUUUUUGCCAAAUGUCAAAACAGGUACACAUUUUAAAAUGUAAUGCUUUUUAAAUAGAAAAAUGUAUAAAAUUAGAAGUGCCCACAUAUAAAAAAUACUUGAGAUGAAGAUUAUCUUUAGUGAAUAUCAUCUGCAUAUCUCUGUAAGUUCGAUUGUGUUUCUUACAGACCCUGUCAUAUUACCAACAGAGGCAAUAAAAGCUUCAGUGAAAUUGCCAUGACUAAAUCUUUUCACAUAUUUCAGUGUAUUUUUUUUAUAGAUUUAAAAUAUCCCUGAAAACUUUUCCAGGAAGAAUAAUUAUUCAUGGAAAGAGCAUUGUAAUGGCAUGUUUUGGGGAGAAAAGACAUGUCAAGUCUUGUUUACUACAUUUAAAAUGUUUACAACUAUACUGGGCUGCUUUAUUAACAAUACUGUACUUGUGUAAUAUGGCAUUAUAAGUACAUGUCCUUCCUUAGACUUUUAAAAGUUUUAGUGAGAGAAAGUAAAUUUACUCAACAAAAUAACAUGAGAAAUCUUUUACAUAAUAUCUUUACUGGGGAAUUCUUAUUUAAGCAAGGUACACUAUUUUUUCCUCAGACUUGAAUGAAGUGUCUAUUUUUUAUUUGAUGAUAAGUGAGUAGUAGUAGCUAACUUAAUGUACACUUUGCUUAGGUUUUUAAACAUGUUACUAUUAAGACUACGUAUUGUAAACCUUCUGUAAUUUUCACAUAAUGAAUGACAGGAGAAAGUUAAACCUAAUCGAAGGAGUUUUGGAAUAAAAAGAAAGUGGUGCUGGGGAAAUUUACCAUGGUUCACAAAGUAUGCCUUUGUAAAACUGAAUCAACUUUUAGCAAGAAUUAAUUUAUGUAGUUCUAAAUGUUAAAUUGUGUAUAUUUAACAGAAAAUACUUAUCUGGCACCUCAGUAGUUUUCUUUAAAUGUUACCUUUUAACAAUAUGAUUUAUAUUGAAUACUUAGAUGUUUUCAUAAGAUUUUAUCAAAUUUGAUAAUGUAAUGAUAAAAUGUUUUUUAAAUGUGAACUAUUUAACAUAUAAAUGAGGACACAAAACCUGAAUUGUGAUUUCUACAUAAUGUGAUAAUUAGGGUUCAAAUUAUGGCUCAUCAUUUAAUUGAUUAUAAAUGAGUAUAUUUCUGAACUCUUUAUUGCCUCCAUUUUUACAAUCAUAGCAAUAAUUUCUAUUUUUAUUUCAUAGAACUGUGGUGAAGUUAUUUAUCAUGACACCUUUAUCUUUGAUUUCUGAGGGAAAGGGGUGUGUAUUUUGUAGUUAAGAUAAAUGAGAAAAUUUCUAAUAGUACAAAUGCCCUUUUCCAGGUUUAUCUUUGCUAAUUUGUUGCCAUUUUUCUUAAAUAUUUGCUUUAUUUGUACCUGAUUUCUGGAGGCAAAAUAGUGCUAUUUUUUCAAACUCAUAAUACAGUUACAUAAAUGAUUUUAUCAGAGCAUUCUUGCUAUCUCAUUUUCUUUCCUACCUGUUAGUAAGUAGCAUUUCUUGCUCACCAACUCAUUUAUUUGACAACUUUCCAGUAGGUUCAAUGUUUCCUAUUAAUGUGUUUUUUUUAUUUUCCUUUGGUUAAUUUUUAAAAAUCUGUCACAAAUAAGGAAGUUAUGAUGAAAGAUGCACAGCCUUUGUAGUUGGUGGAAUUCUUAAUAAGUAAUGUCUUUAUGGAGUUUCAAAGGGAAAUUAUUUAAAGGGAAUCAUGUUAUAGUUGUCCAUUUUUUAAAUUGAGAUUUGAAGUGUUUUUAAGUAUAGCCCCAGUUUCUGUUUACUUACAAGUGCUUCAUGAUUGUUUUCAGUUUAAGUUUUUGCCAUUGUGCUGUGCAGAAAUCAUAAUGUAGUUUGUAAUACUUUCGAGCAUUGGUCUUGAAGCUGUAACUUGGGGUUGCUGUCCUUCAUGAGGUAGGGCCACAGCAGGCAGGCCCCUUCCCACUUCCUUUGUGGUGUUCUACUUUUAUCCGUUGUAGGCUGUUAGUGUUUCAUAUUUGAUUUGGUUUGGGGAAAAAUAGUUUAAAAAAAUUUUUUUUUUAAUGAUUGGCUUUAGAGGGACUGUUACUUCUUUGGCAUUUCUGUCAGAGGAGUGGAAAGAAAUGGAGUCUGACUGAAAAUCAUGCCAGCUUAGUCACUGAAGGCAGCACUGCUUUGAAAAGAAGAAUUUUGAACCCACGUCGUAAAAGCAAAACCUGAUUGGAAACAGUGAAGUAUUUGAAACUUAGGGGCAGCAUGUAAGUGGCUUAAUGAGGAACAUAUUCCUUUUAUAUUGAAAAAGUAUAUAUGCAAAUGCAUGUUCAUAUGAAUAUUAUAAUUUUAUUUCAGGUUACGAAAUAUUCUGAGAAAACCUUAUAUCUGAUGGAAAACUUGGGCAAUAUCCAAUACCAAGCAAGAGAUUUUUACAAAAAAAAAUACCAUAGGGCACAAGGUUGGGGGAAGACAAAUUAAUGAAAUGGCUAAGGGACAAUGCUAAUUCAAUCGUUAGCAGUGAUUUUUCACAUGACUUAUAACUAAAAGCAAUAUUUAAUCAGUAAGAUUUAGAGAUGGGUGUACUUGGAAUCCUUUGAAAGUAGUGUGUUUAGUUUUCAAGCAAAUGCUAAUAUUCUUAAUCCUAAUAGUAUAUUAGACUUUGUUGUGUUGAAUAUAUCAAAUGAAUGAGCUAUGAGCCAGAGCUUUAAAAUAGUGAUUUCUAAGACUUUGUUACAAUGGUACUUAAAAAAUUGCUUUGUAUAACUUACGCACUGUAAAAUUCACCAAUUGUAGAUGUACAAUUAAUUGGUUUUAGUAAACUUAGGAAUUGUACAAUCCAGUUUUAGAACAUUUCCAUCAGCCCCCAAAAUUUACUCAUGCUGCUCUGCAGUUAAGUCACUCCUACCUCCAGCCCCAGGCAGCCACACUGAUCUGCUUUCUGUACAGAUUUACCCUUUCUGGAAAUUUCACAGAGUUAGAAUCAGGCAGUUAGUCUUUUAUAUCUGGCAUCUUUCACUUAGCAUGUUUUUGAGGUUCAUCCAUGUUGUAGCUUAUACUUGCGUGUAGUUCCUUUAGUUGCUGAUUUAGUGUUCACUGUUUGGAUAUACAACAUUUUGUUUAUCCAUUCACCAGUUGAUAGACAUUUGACUGGCCUACAAUUAGUUUUUUUUUAAAUUGUGAAUAACAAUGCUUUGAAGAUUCAUAAAUAUGUCUUUGUGUGGACAUGUUUUCAUCUCAGAUUCCUAGUUUUGGAAUUGUCAGGUUGUGUGGUAAAUUUAUAUUUAACGUUUUAAAAAACAGCUAAACUUUUUCCAAACUGACUGUACUUUUAGAACUAUUCCUGCCACGGUGCAUGCGGGCUGCAGUGUCUCCACAUCCUUGCCAGUACUUGUUGUUGUCUUUCUGAUGACAGCCAUUCUGGUGGGUAUAUAUUUUACGUGUGUAAGUUACACCUAGGCAUCCCAACUCAUGUAUCGAUUGGAUGUGCAAUUUGAGUGAGUUUCAAGUGGCCUGAGGGAUUGCUGUAAAAUUAGUUACUGUAGACACGUACUCUCUUGAAGGUAGUAUUUUCUGUAGUCAGUGAGGGUAGUAAUAAUACUUCCGAUGGGGGUUCCAGUCCCUCAGUGAUGUCUGGUGAGAAGAAAUGUGUCAGCGAAGAGUGUGCUGAUGACUGGUGCUUUCGCUCUGUUAUUGUUUGUACCAUGGUUGAUACAGCUGCUCGACUAGCCUGUGACUGGUGGUGGUAAUUAAAUUUUGUACACAUUACUGUGUGCAGAUAGUUACUGUCUUAAUAUUAAGUUUCCCAGAUAUUUUACUUUUGAGAUAACAGAAUUAAUGACUCUCUGAAUUUAUAAAAAUGUAGUUGAUACCAUUUAGUUGCUGCCAGCCGCCUGUGUUCUUAUACAUAGGAGACAUUGGAGUGAGUGCUUUUUUAAAAUUUUAAUGGGGUAUGUAAGAUACAUGUAAAAGGACACCUGUGUAAUGAACUCAUUUUAACAUGAUCAGUUCAUUCUUGAUUUAUCUAAAUGCCAUUCAUCUUUGAACCCCUAUUUAUUUUGAAGCAAAUCCCAGAUAGCGAAUCAUUUCAUUUGUAAAUAUUUCAAUAUGUAUGUCUAAAAGAUAAGGACUGUUAAAUAAAACCACAAUUCUGUUAUUA